GCCCUCAGAAGCAAAAGCAACCAACUUUCUUCUCCGUCACCUGACUCACACCUCCACUCACCUCCGGUCCACCAACCUCUGCCGGCCAUGGCGGCUGCGGCGGCGCAGAAGCUCCUCGAGGCGAGCACGAAGAUCAUCGGCGUCGGGCGCAACUACAUCGCCCACGCCGAGGAGCUCGGCAACCCGAUCCCCAAGGAGCCCGUACUAUUCCUGAAGCCGACCUCGUCGUUCCUCCACGCUGGCGUGGCCACCGCCGCCGUCGAGAUCCCGGAGCCGCUCGAAUCGCUACACCACGAAGUCGAGCUCGCCGUCGUCAUCUCCCGGCGUGGGCGUGACAUUCCUGAAGCGUCCGCCAUGGACUUCGUCGGAGGCUAUGCACUUGCUUUGGACAUGACAGCAAGGGGCCUUCAAUCUGUUGCUAAGUCUGCAGGCCUUCCAUGGACUUUGGCUAAAGGGCAAGACACCUUCACUCCAAUUAGUGCAGUAGUUCCAAAAUCAUCUGUCACUAAUCCCGACGAUCUCGAGCUAUGGCUAAAGGUAGAUGAUGAACUAAGGCAGAAAGGAUCGACAAGUGACAUGAUAUUCAAGAUUCCUUUUCUGAUCAGCUAUAUCAGCUCCAUCAUGACAUUAAUGGAGGGUGAUGUGAUACUAACAGGUACUCCUGAGGGUGUGGGUCCUGUGCGAGUAGGUCAGAAGAUCAAAGCUGGUAUAACUGACCUAAUUGAUGUCGAGUUCGAUGUUCAGAGGCGCAACCGGUCAUUUUCCACAUGAUUCAAUAAGCAAGAAAGUAACGGCCAACCGCUUGAAGAUUGCUGCUCGUGUCACGCUCACGCGUUCCUCUUGGGUAUUCAUUCUUCCUUGCGUUGCAGCGAGAUUGCUUCGGCCCAUGAGAUGCGAGUUUAGCCUGUGCCCCGGCAUGGCUUAAGCAAAAUACCUGCUGGCCAAUGUCGUAUACUUGUACUGGUGAUAUAUUACUGUGUAAAAUAGAAAAAAAGUUUUGUUUUUCAGGUUUUUAUAAACCGUAUCAAAUAAUUCCAGGCCCUUGUUAGCCGUC